GCCGCCGCCUCCAGCCGGGCCGCCGCGCGUCCCGGGGGCCGGCCCCGCGAGCGCAGGAGUAAACACCGCCGGAGUCUUGGAGCCGCUGCAGAAGGGAAUAAAGAGAGAUGCAGGGAUUUGUGAGGUUACGGCGCCCCAGCUGCAAGAUGCACUAGCCGGCUGAACCCGGGGAUCGGCUGACUUGUUGGAACCGGAGUGCUCUGCACGCGAGUGUGGAUGAGUUGAAGUUGCUUUCCCGGGGCUCGUUUUCCACGCUGCCGAGAGGAAUCGGAGAGGCAAGGAAAUCACUUCGUCUUGCCAUUGAUUGGGCAUCGGGAGCUUUUUUCCCCCCUCUCUUUCUUUUCCUUCGUCUUGUUGCAUGCAAGAAAAUUACAGUCCGCUGCUUGCCCGCCCUGGGUGCGAAAUAUUCAGCCCCGCUCUCCGUCCAUUGUGCAACCCAAAGAUGAAAGACCGAAGGGGAGAAAGUUAAAGAAAUCGCCCACAUGCGCUGGAUCAGUCCACGGCUUGGGGAAAGGCAUCCAGAGAAGGUGGGAGCGGAGAGUUUGAAGUCUUUACAGGCGGGAAGAUGGCGGACUGGAGCUGAAAGUGUUGAUUGGGAAACUUGGGUGAUUCUUGUGUUUAUUUACAAUCCUCUUGACCCAGGCAGGACACAUGCAGGCCAAAAAACGCUAUUUCAUCCUGCUCUCAGCUGGCUCUUGUCUCGCCCUUUUGUUUUAUUUCGGAGGCUUGCAGUUUAGGGCAUCGAGGAGCCACAGCCGGAGAGGAGAGCACAGCGGUCGGAAUGGCUUGCACCACCCGAGUCCGGAUCAUUUCUGGCCCCGCUUCCCGGACGCUCUGCGCCCCUUCGUUCCUUGGGAUCAAUUGGAAAACGAGGAUUCCACCGUGCACAUUUCCCCCCGGCAGAAGCGAGAUGCCAACUCGAGCAUCUACAAAGGCAAGAAGUGCCGCAUGGAGUCCUGCUUCGAUUUCACCCUUUGCAAGAAAAACGGCUUCAAAGUCUACGUAUACCCGCAGCAAAAAGGGGAGAAAAUCGCCGAAAGUUACCAAAACAUUCUAGCGGCCAUCGAGGGCUCCAGGUUCUACACCUCGGACCCCAGCCAGGCGUGCCUCUUUGUCCUCAGUCUGGAUACUUUAGACAGAGACCAGUUGUCACCUCAGUAUGUGCACAAUUUGAGAUCCAAAGUGCAGAGUCUCCACUUGUGGAACAAUGGUAGGAAUCAUUUAAUUUUUAAUUUAUAUUCCGGCACUUGGCCUGACUACACCGAGGACGUGGGGUUUGACAUUGGCCAGGCGAUGCUGGCUAAAGCCAGCAUCAGUACUGAAAACUUCCGACCCAACUUUGACGUUUCUAUUCCCCUCUUUUCUAAAGAUCAUCCCAGGACAGGAGGGGAGAGGGGGUUUUUGAAGUUUAACACCAUCCCUCCUCUCAGGAAGUACAUGCUGGUAUUCAAGGGGAAGAGGUACCUGACAGGGAUAGGGUCAGACACCAGGAAUGCCUUAUAUCACGUCCAUAACGGGGAGGACGUACUGCUCCUCACCACCUGCAAGCAUGGCAAAGACUGGCAAAAGCACAAGGAUUCUCGCUGUGACAGAGACAACACCGAGUAUGAGAAGUAUGAUUAUCGGGAAAUGCUGCACAAUGCCACUUUCUGUCUGGUUCCUCGUGGUCGCAGGCUUGGGUCCUUCAGGUUCCUGGAGGCUCUGCAGGCUGCCUGUGUCCCUGUGAUGCUCAGCAAUGGAUGGGAGUUGCCAUUCUCUGAAGUGAUUAAUUGGAACCAAGCUGCCGUCAUAGGCGAUGAGAGAUUGUUAUUACAGAUUCCUUCUACAAUCAGGUCUAUUCAUCAGGAUAAAAUCCUAGCACUUAGACAGCAGACACAAUUCUUGUGGGAGGCUUAUUUUUCUUCAGUUGAGAAGAUUGUAUUAACUACACUAGAGAUUAUUCAGGACAGAAUAUUCAAGCACAUAUCACGUAACAGUUUAAUAUGGAACAAACAUCCUGGAGGAUUGUUCGUACUACCACAGUAUUCAUCUUAUCUGGGAGAUUUUCCUUACUACUAUGCUAAUUUAGGUUUAAAGCCCCCUUCCAAAUUCACUGCAGUCAUCCAUGCAGUGACCCCGCUGGUCUCUCAGUCCCAGCCAGUGUUGAAACUUCUCGUGGCUGCAGCCAAAUCCCAGUACUGUGCCCAGAUCAUAGUUCUAUGGAAUUGUGACAAGCCCCUACCAGCCAAACACCGCUGGCCUGCCACUGCUGUGCCUGUCAUCGUCAUUGAAGGAGAAAACAAGGUCAUGAGCAGCCGUUUUCUGCCCUAUGACAACAUCGUCACAGAUGCAGUGCUCAGCCUCGACGAGGACACCGUGCUUUCAACCACGGAGGUAGAUUUUGCCUUCACCGUGUGGCAGAGCUUCCCUGAGAGGAUUGUGGGGUACCCCGCACGCAGCCAUUUCUGGGAUAACUCUAAGGAGCGAUGGGGAUACACGUCCAAGUGGACAAACGACUACUCCAUGGUGUUGACAGGAGCUGCUAUUUACCACAAAUAUUAUCACUACCUGUACACCCAUUACCUGCCAGCCAGCCUGAAGAACAUGGUGGACCAACUGGCCAACUGUGAGGACAUUCUCAUGAAUUUCCUGGUGUCUGCUGUGACAAAAUUGCCUCCAAUCAAAGUGACCCAGAAGAAGCAGUAUAAGGAGACAAUGAUGGGACAGACCUCUCGGGCUUCCCGCUGGGCCGACCCGGACCACUUUGCCCAGCGACAGAGCUGCAUGAAUACGUUUGCCAGCUGGUUUGGCUACAUGCCGCUGAUCCACUCUCAGAUGAGGCUCGACCCCGUCCUCUUUAAAGACCAGGUCUCUAUUCUGAGGAAGAAAUACCGAGACAUUGAGCGACUUUGAGGAAUCCAGCCAAGUGGGGGAGGGGAAGCGAGAAGGGACAGGGGUCAAGCUGCUCUCUCUUCCCAGUGCAGAUCCGCUCAGCAGCGGGGCCAGAUUGUGCCAAGUAUCCAAAUAAACUUAGAUGGACAGAAUGACAAAAAACAAGAAAAGGCCAAUGAGAACUCGACUCCUGGCUCCUGGGACCGCACGGGACUGCUCCAAACUCACCUCACUGGCUUCUAUGUCCCAAGACUAGGUUGUGUACAGUUUAAUUAUGGAACAUUAAAUAAUUAUUUUUGAAAUGAUUGCUAUGCAGGUUUAAACUUUUUUAAUGAUCAAAACUAUUAAAAACCAGAGUUCUUUCUUUAAUCAAAA